AUGGCUGUGCAAGUCCUGUCAUGCCACCAGGGACAUAGCAAAGCUGAAUCCACUGCCACUGUCAAGCAGGAGAAUACAGUUGUGAUCAGCAGGAGGGUGGAGAUGGAGUUUUUUAUGCGUGAAGUAGGGGACCAGGAUUUGCUUGAAGUAGGUGGCCAUAGGCAGAGUCAACAACCAAUAGGUAUCGGGAUUGAGGCUAAAGACAAAACUGAUGAACUGGGCCAUGUCCAUGCACACGGUGGAAGCAGAGGCUGGUCCACAAUUGUGGCAAUGAUGUUGGGAUACCGUUCCUUGGACCAUCAUCAAAACAAGCAACAAAUUCAUGUGGAUAAGACUUACCAAGAGCCCGUAUUGAAUGCACUGUCCACCUGGCUUUGCCCCCUCUUCCUCCAUUUGCUGCUCAAUCCAUGCUUUUCAGCAUGCAUGACCAUCUUGACGCUCAAUGUAACAGCCAAUGACCUAGAUGGUGACAGUGGCAAAAUGAGCGGGGUUGCGGUGCUGAAGGAUGCGGACAAUAUCAGUUGGCAACAUGUCAGGGCCGGCUGGCGUGCAGCUGCAUCUAUCUGGGCAAAAAAGAGCAGAAAUGUUGACCCACCUCGCUCUUAUGCUCACGCUCUUGCUGAUGGUGUUUCCACUCUCGGUCCUGUUCACAUUUUUGCUCCACUUUUGCAAGUGCCUCAAGUGCUGCCUUUCAGCUUCAUUGCACGAGAUUGGCAAGAAAAAGCUGCUAAGCCAGGUCUGCUUGGCACAAGGGUGAUCCACAGCAAGCCUGGCCUUGAGGAUGUCCAACAAGCUGGCAAGAAUGAGGGAGUGUGCAGUGUCGCUGGGGCUGAGUGCAUUGUUGGCAGAAUCUCCGUACCAAAUGCAGUGUUCACGGAAGUUGAGCAUGACAGCGGCAAAAUGAUUGUUGUUGACAUGCAAGGGAAAGAUGAGCUGGAAGUUGAGGUCACACCCAUGGAUGUCAUUGCCAAGACACUGCAAGUACAUGAGCUAGCCUGGAUCAUCACUGUUAAAGCAAGACCAGUCAACCAUGAGAAAUGA